AUGUGCACGGCCCGCCCCGCCCUCCCUGGCGCGCCCGGCCCCGCUGCACGGGGACAGGAGCCGCGCGCGCCUCGCCGGGGCGCCCUCACAGCCCGCUGCGACCGCUCCGGGGAGCGGCGGAGGCCCCGAGCGGCCGAGGAGAGCGGAGGCGGCCGGCCCGCAGCGCCCCGGGGCCCGCGCCCUCCCGAGGGGGCGCAGCAGGAGCGGCGGGAGGCGGCGGAGGGAGGCCCCGGCGCCACGAUGCCGCGGCCCUGGGCCCUGGCGCUCCCGCUGCUGCUUCCCUGGGUGGCAGGUGGAUCGGGGGACGCGGCCAGUACUAACGGGUGGCUCUUGACCCACAGUGCAAAGGAUCGUGGGCUGUCGACGUCCACACCGCAGCCCGGGCUCUGUCGCUACGGAACUAAGCUGGCCUGCUGCUAUGGCUGGAGAAGGAACAGCAGGGGAGGCUGUGAAGCUUUGUGUGAACCCAGAUGCAAGUUCGGGGAGUGCGUGGGACCAAACAAAUGUAGAUGCUUCCCGGGGUACACCGGAAAGACGUGCAGUCAAGACGUGAAUGAGUGUGGACUAAAACCCCGGCCGUGCCAACACAGAUGUGUGAACACACACGGGAGCUACAAGUGCUUUUGCCUGAGCAGCCACGUGCUCAUGCCGGAUGCCACGUGUGCGAACUCCAGGACGUGUGCCAUGACAAGCUGCCAGUACAGCUGCGAAGACACAGAGGAAGGGCCUCGCUGUCUGUGUCCGUCCUCGGGGCUCCGCCUGGCGCCGAAUGGAAGAGUUUGUACAGAUAUCGACGAAUGUGCCUCUGGGAAAGCUGUCUGCCCUUACAAUCGAAGAUGCGUGAACACAUUUGGAAGCUACUACUGCAAAUGUCACGUUGGUUUUGAACUGAAAUAUGUCCGUGGCCGCUAUGACUGUGUAGAUGAUGGCCAGGUGUCUGGGAGUGGAGCCGGGAGCCCUGCCCAGCGCGUGUUCCGCCACUCAGGCUUCCAGGCCCGGCUCUCCGAGGGAUUCCUGCACGGGGCUGGAGUGAUCCCUGAAAAUUCUGUGAAGGAAGUCCUCACAGCCCCUGGUACCAUCAAAGACAGAAUCAAGAAGUUGCUGGCUCACAAAAACAGCAUGAAAAAGAAGAUAAAAAUGAAAAAUGUCAUCACAGAACCUUCUGGAGCUCCUGCCCCUGAGGUCAACCUGCAGCCCCUCAACUCUGAAGAGAGUGUUUCCAGAGGUAGGAACUCUGAUGGAGGAAAAAACCGAAAUGAAGAGAGAAAGAAAGAGGGGCUCGAGGAAAAGAAGAGAAAGGAGAAAACCCUGAAGAACCACGUGGAGCGGGAGCAAAGCCUUCGAGGAGAUGUGUUUUCCCCGAAGGUGAACGCAGCGGGUGAAUUGGGUCUGGUUCUGGUCCAGAGAAAAGCUGUCACAUCCAGGCUGGAACACAAAGAUUUAAAUAUCUCAGUUGACUGCAGCUUUGAGCACGGGGUCUGUGACUGGAAACAGGAUAUAGAAGAUGACUUUGACUGGAAUCCUGCUGAUCGACAUAAUGCCGUUGGCUACUAUAUGGCAGUUCCGGCCCUGGCAGGCCGUAAGAAGGACAUCGGCCGCCUGAAACUCCUGCUCCCGGACCUGCAGCCCCAGAGCAACUUCUGUUUGCUCUUUGAUUACCGGCUGGCCGGAGACAAAGUCGGGAAACUUCGAGUGUUUGUGAAAAGCAGUAACAACGCCCUGGCAUGGGAGGAGACCAGCAGCAAGGACGAAAGGUGGAAGACGGGGAAAAUUCAGUUGGAGCAAGGGAUCAGCACUACCAAAAGUAUCAUUUUUGAAGCAGAACGUGGCAGGGGAAAAGCCGGAGAAAUUGCAGUGGACGGCGUCUUUCUGGUUUCAGGCUUAUGUCCAGAUCGCCUUUUAUCUGUGAAUGGUUGA